GCCAGCCCGCCUAGCAAGGAUGAAAUGCGGUGGGAAGCCCAGCACUUUCUACUCUGAGCACUCCGCCGCAUCUUCUGAGCCUGGCUAUCCUGUCUAACCGUUUUCUUCUAUUCAGCCCUGCGAGCAUUCAUCCCCUUGCCGUCAUGACAGGGCAAUAACUGCGAAGGUCUCCGCUGUGCACUCAGCACAGCCCCCUCGCAGCAAGACAGCUGCAACCCCCGGUCACUGGUUAUUGCAAGGCUGCGUGGCUGAGUCAGAAUGGUGCACUCGAUCGAAUGCUUGCUGCUCGGGUGUCGGCCACCCCGCCUGCCUGACCUGCACCUUUUCUCCUAACCUUUUGUUCGUGGGCUCUCGUCGCGCCGUCAUCCGCUGACUAGUCACCGUCAAGCGAUCUCGCCCGUUCAGAGGCUCUUGGCGUCCGUGAUGCGCCUCCGAGCCUAUCAACAGAUGUCUCUUGUGCAACGAUGCCCAGGUUCGAGGACUUCCCCGACAUCGUGCGCGACGCCCUGGUCGAGACCGAAUCCAUAGACGAGCACACGACGAGGCACGUGCGAUACGAAGCCGGGCGGUCUGCGCGCCAGCGUCGAGUCCGCAAAGAAGAACAAUGGAAGAGAUCCCGCCGACUGGGCCAAGGGGCUUAUGGCACGGUCUACCUCGAGAGUUGCAGCGAGGACGAUGGGAGCAGCAGAGUCAGAGCCGUCAAGGAGAUUAGCAAGUGUGUUAACUAUGGCGAGGAGCUGGACUACUGGCGAGAGCUGGAAGCGAUCUUUAAGUUCUCACAUCCGAACGUCAGUCAUGGUUCCUCUCGUCCAGCAUCAUAUCUUCUUGCAGAGACAGCAUCUACCAUGGAGACUAAUCCGGGAUCAUUCACACAACGUAGUACUCGCACUGCUUCGUCACUGCCAGUGGAUGGUACGAAAAGGACAGCUCGAUCUGUAUCAUCAUGGAAUAUUGGAAGCCCGGUGACCUCCAUAACAACACGCGCCCCUCUUCCAGAAACAGAGGCGCAGCAGAUCACAGCCCAGAUAGUAGAAGGUCUUGUCUUUAUGCACGGCAAUCAGUUCGUGCACAGGGAUUUGAAACCGAGCAACGUCAUGGUCGUCAAUCCCGGGCCCGACUGGUUUGUCAAGAUCGCAGAUUUCGGAACGAGCAAGAGGCGACAAGCGGAGGUCACGACCCUGCACACGAUGCAUCGAGGCACUACCGGCUAUGCCGCGCCCGAGAUUUUUGGCUUUUGCCAGCACGGGGGAAACGCUUCCUACACGUUCACGGUGGAUAUCUGGUCAUUGGGGGCCAUGAUAUAUAAGCUUUGCACUUUUCGUCUAGCUUUUGAGGACCUCGGAGAACUGGCUCGGUAUGCAGCAGGGACCUUCGACUUCCCCAUGGCGCGGCUGGAGGCGAUAGGCUUGUCCAAACAAGGCUGCGAAUUCAUUCUAGGUCUCAUGUCGCCACAACCGGAGGAACGGCCGUCUGCGCUAUCAACACAGAAUAGUGCAUGGUUGACACAGCACGUCCGCGACAAAGACAGCGGCGUGGGUGCGCAUAGAAGUCGUCCAAGCGAGCCGGUACGGGAACCAACCAUACCUACAGCGACAAACCAGGACGCAGGAAAUGGGUCUGCCGAGGCACCGACCAUACGCCACCGGAACUAUUGCGCGCCUUAUAUUGAGGACGGAAUAGAUGAGGGAAGCAUUGGGGAGCUGCCUAACCUCCCAGUCGAUUCCAGAACCAUUCUGAAGACUUCUGGGCAAGAGACGUUGGGACCAGGAAUUGCGGAAUCUCAAACUGCGAAGGACCAUGCAGCCAAGAACAACGAAACACAACUGGAUGUCCGGCAACAGGCCACAGAAACGGGCACUAUGCUGAUUGCACGAUCUGAAGAUCCAGUACUUAGGUUAGACAACACCACGACUUACGAGCCAGACUGCCCCGUAACACCGUCGUGUCCAACGAGCUCGGACCUGGCCGUUGAGGUGAUUGCUACUGCGAAGACGCCUUUGGAACAUUCGGAGUACCCCCCAUUGCAGCUGCAACGGAGCUGCGGGAUAUGUCAGAGGACGCUCACUUACAUCAUCACGGAGCCGCUCGGCUGUGGGCAUCACAUCUGUCACGCUUGUCUAUUCCUCCAACUCCUGGGACGUCUAUUGAGCCCCUGGACCGCAUCCAUCGGGUGCUGCUUGACUCACAUCAACUGGACUUGUUAUAAGCGGAUCCUCCUCGGGCCAGGACUGGCCGAGCUCGAAUAUCAGUUUCGACUAACGCAGUGGAAUCUUUGGAACUGCCCGACAGGGCUCCAUGGUACCGUUCGCCUCUCAAUGUUGAAAAACAAGAGUUCUUUCGCAAUGGAUCCCAAGGCGGUCUGCGUUCCCUGUGGUAUAGCGCGCGGCGUAUUUUGCCAGCGGUGCAGAGUACCGUGGCAUGGGAGCGACUGCCCCAAAUUUAAGGUCCUUCAGCGAGCUUUCCACGAUUUGAUGCUCGCAAGUGAGCCGGAGUACCACCUUUCGCCACUUGUAAGGGUGGUAGAGGAUACUUUGCUACUAGAGGACACUCUUCGCAGCGGUCACGGUCCCGCCGGACUUGCACGCCGACCCGCUUUGGGCUCUUAUCAAGAACAUGACCAUCUUCCAGCUUCAAAUGUGCGCUACGAGGAGCCGAGCUACUCAUACGAACGAGCCACCAGGACUAAAUCCAGACAGCGCCCUGAAGCGCAUCAUGUCCGGGGUAAUAGCGGUGUUGGCUCUGUCCUCCGUCGCUAUACUAUCAACCUUUCAGACAGCGACUUGGCGUCAGAAACCGCAGUUAAAGAGAAAGAUAGCGAGCCUGAUGGCAUAUAUCACAUACACAGCGGUUACGGCGAUGAUGAGAAGGACACCAAAGAAGAUGACUCUUGGACAUCUGACUGGUCAGCAGAGUCCAAGAUUGUGAACUACCCCGAGAGCGCCAGCGAUUCGCGCGCAAUAUUUGUCAAAGAGGGCAAGCGUGAGGCGAUGAAAAAGAGACAGCCCAAAGGAAGAGAAACUGAGAAGAGCAGGGGUCGAGAGAACACACACGGAGCGGGCAGCAACCCAAUUGUCCAAAAGCCCUUUUACUUUCGAGAUUUUUAUGCGGUGCCCCUUCGACCCAGUUCUCUGACAAAAGCCAAUUUGCAGCGACUUGGGACUGAGUCAUGGGCUCAUACUAGCAGUUUGGAGAAAGGCAAAUUGAGCAGUGACCGAAGACGUUCGGGUGCCAACCUCGACAGAGUCGCAACUGUCUCAACGUCUUCGCCGUGGAAGCUGACGGCGGCUUCACUAUCGCGGCUGGAGGAAGAAGAGGGGUUCGACCAAAUUCCAUGGUACUCCAGUAACAGAUCCAGCUCCGAAGACGUGGAGGUGGGAUCAUCGGAUGGGAGGUUUGUAGUUUCGUAUAUCGCAUCAAAAAAGGGCUAGGAAGAUGUACGAGAUGCUUGAUAGACCUUCCAUGCUUCCACAGUUGAAUAGCAGUUAGCCCUAGAGUUCCAGAGGACGCGU